AUGCGUUUGUUCGAUUUGAAUGCACCCGUAAUCCACCCUCCAAUCGCCCGUCCAAAUGCUGAUCAGUCAUCGGAUAAAUGUGAGUCAAAAGUCCCCUUUCUGAUCUGUGAGCUAACAAUUUGUCUCGAUGAAACCCAAAGCACGCCAUCACCGCCGCAGGCAAUCGACUGCCUUGUUCCGGAUAUGCAGUUCAUGUCAAAGUACGCGUUGCCGGUUUCUCAAACGAAGGGCAUGCUGAAGAACAUGCGCACAAAGGACUUGACUGCCACGGUUGUCUGGCUCAGGUCAGUGCCAUGGCUGGACUUGGUCGGUCUUGUGGGAGUUGGCUUGUAG